CUCUCACACGGCGCUAACCCGAUCCCCACCCAGUGAUCCCCAUUCACUCCAAAUCCCCUGCCACCACCCCCAAGCCCCUACCGCCGCCAGCCUCUUCCUCCCCAGCCAUGAUUCCGAAAACUCUGUCCCUGUGAGAAUCCGGCUCUUCACGCAAGCCAUUUUCUAACUUUGUCACGAAUAGAAAAAAGGAGAGAACAACGCGAAAAGUGGAGAUAGGAGCAAACCGGAUAAGUGUUCUAUUGCCCCGAUUGUUGGCCCGCGGCGGGGUGCAAAAAGGGCAGGCCGAAAAAAGACCAUAAGAUGUGGAUCUGGUACAUCUUGCUUAGUUCGGGGACUGGCUCAAGCUCGGUUGAGAGCCAGCUCCUUCCGGGGAACAACUUCACCACCGAGUGUAACAUCCCAGGGAACUUCAUGUGUGGGGACGGGAAGUGUGUCCCAGGCGGGUGGCAGUGUGACGGACUGCCCGACUGCUUCGACAAGAGCGACGAGAAAGGCUGCCCCAAGAUAAAGUCCAAGUGUGCUCCGACAUUUUUCGCCUGUGCCAACGGGAUCCACUGUAUCAUCGGGCGCUUCCGCUGUAACGGCUUCAGUGACUGUCCUGACGGGAGCGACGAGGAGAACUGCACAGGUAACCCGCUGGUGUGCUUGGAGGCCCGCUUCAAGUGUCGUAACGGGCGCUGUGUGGACCGUAGCUUCCUGUGUAAUGGACAAGACAACUGUCAGGACAACAGCGAUGAGGAACACUGCCUCACCACCGCAGAGGCUCCAGGUCAGGACUUUGUAACCCUGGACUACCGGCUGCGUUACUACCCCAGCAUCACCUACGCGGUCAUCGGCAGCGCUGUCAUCUUCGUCCUGGUGGUGGCGCUGUUGGCCUUGGUCCUGCACCAUCAGAGGAAGCGCAGCGUGCUGCUGCCCCGUGGGGUCCGGGGGUCCUCCCACCACCACCACCACCACCAGCCCCUGUUGCUGUCCCGCCUGGUCAUCCUAGACCGGGGACAUGUCCACCCGGCUGGCCCUGGCCUCUCCCCCACCUCCCCGUCUGCUGCGGCCCAGUACCCUGCAGGUCCCCCAGGGCUACAGCUGCUGUCUGGGGCCCUCUACCCAGCUGGCAUGCCCAUGGACUCACCACCUUCCUACUCCCAGGCUGUACUGGAUGUCAGCCGGCCUCCGUGGUUCGACCUCCCCCCGCCUCCCUACCUCCCAGACGGGGAGGAGCUGCCGUCAGAAGGUGAGCUGCCCCAGUACGAAGCCCCCACAGUGCCCUCCACUCAGCCCAAUACAUGCCCAUCUGAGCCCCCUACACCCAGAACUGUGGCCCCAGGCUUGUCCCGGCCUAGCCUCAGCUCCAGCUCCAGAGAGGAGUCGGACCAGCUGUAGUCCUCUGGUUACUGCAUCUACGUAGGACUACAGUACCCAGCCUCAGCGCUGUGGAUGGCUGAAGAGAGAAGAGCUGUGCGAUAUGUUAAGGCCCAAAGCACUGUCCUGCCUGCUGUGGGAAUGAGAGACAAGGCACUAUUCUACCUAUAGCUACAACUGACUGACUUACUGAGACACUUGGAAUCAUUACUCUUGUACGUUGGCGCCCUCUGCUGGAAAUGUAUCUACAUAUCCCUGACUGGGCUAACUACUCAUUCAAUCAAUCAGUCAAUCAUCAGUCAAUUGCAUUUAAUCUGUGGCUAUAUAGUGCUUUUUACAAAUUAAUUUCCCACAGUCUGCUUAACAGAAACCAGAGCCUAAACUUCUAAAGACUGAGAAAAACUUCCACAGCCUCCCAACACUAUUCAUCUCCUGUUGGACUGGUGAAGACCAGUUGGGUGGUUGGGCGGAGAUCCUUUAGCUUGGAUUAAAUUGACUGGAUAGAUGGUCAACCUGUGUAGUACAGUCAUGCAUUAACAAUGAAGUAGGAGUCGCACUAACUAACAGUAUUUGUGGUACUCAUAAUGGGUCAAAUGUCACAUGGUGUUACAGUGGCAGAUGUAUAUGUUGUUUAAGAAUAGUGAAAAAGGCACAGUGUCAUAUCUGUAAUGUUACAGUUUAGCACAUUAGGACAACCAGCUAGCCACAGAAGCUCUUGGGUAGUGGACAUACUGCACUUCCCUCCCAUCCAUAUUGCAUGAUGCUGGUUCUCUUCAAUCUCUAUUCUCAUUGGCUAUCUCUUUCAUUUCAUAGGAAUAACUGGAAUCAUAUUUCUCUGUUAUAGAGCACUUGUGGUGAUUGUUGGGUAUGCACGUAACUUAUGUUUUGGCAGGAACUCAAAUGGAAGUAUUAUUUGAGGAGGAGAACAUGUGGAUGAAAAUUCUCUGACUGAGUAAGGUCCCAAAGUGAGGUUGUUUAUUUUGGUAUCUGUGCCUUUUCAAAGCACUAAAAUAUAAGUUAACUGUAUGUCCACUCAGGGUCUAGUUUGACAGCUGUUCAUUGAGAUCUUGUUCUACUGCCCAUGAUAACAGUGCAAAUUGCUUUAUUUUGAUAUAUCUCCUCAGACACUUUGGCAGAGAGGAGCAGAAUGUUCAGACUGCACUUCAUGUCUGGCUAGUGUUUUUAUGUUGAUGAAUGUUACACUCUGCUGCCUGAGAGCACAGGACAAACAUUUUGUCAGGGAAGAGAUAAAGAGGAAGUGCAGAAAUGAUGUGGACUGGAGCAGAGACCCUUCCACUCGGUGCCUUGGAACACAAGUGUGUACAUUUAAAUAAGCAUUCGGGAUUAUCCUCAAGUAAAAACAAAUCUCAAUUGCAUACAAUCAUUUUUGUUGAACAAUGUCUUUUUUCAAAACGAGGCUCACAACACACAGAACUAUGUGGCUGCUUGCAAAACAGUAAAUACACAAAUACAUUCAGCAAGGCUAAAUGAGACCGAAAUUGCAAAUUCAUCAAAAGAAGACGACUUACUGCAAAAACAUCAACACAAACAUACAGUGUAUUGGGGUAUUGUGUGUAGGGGGAAAAAUAAUUUCAUCCAUUUUAAGAAUAAGGCUGUAACUUAACAAAAUGUGGAAAAAGUCAAGGGGUCUGAAUACUUUCCCGAAUGCACUGUACAUAUAGCUGACAAAACAGAAAGUUAUUCUGUCUUUUAAAAACACCAGUUGGUCAAUAGAUUUUCUUUGCAGUCACUACUACAUCAUGAUGAUCGAAACAGGAAAUACAACUAUCAAAGGGUGCAGAACUAUGGACAAUUACUCUCCUUUUAUGCAUACUUUACCAAACUAUUUCAUACACAUCAAAUCAAGUAUUAUUCCUGAUCAAAAAGAACAUGGAAACAAAGCACAUGGUUUGCAGAAUUCAUUCACUGGUAUCAUCACAAUCCAAUUCCAUGUAUUCAAUACAUACGCUGUUCUGCUCAUAGGUUUGUAGAUGUUCCAUUGGCAAGCAGACACACAAUCCCCAAUAGAUAUAAGGACAGGUGAAUACAGUGGAGGAAAACAACUGAAUUUAUAGGCCUCAAUCCUCACCAAACCAAAGGUGUGUAAUAUUGGAGAUGACUUGUCUCAUGAGUACUUGGAAGGAACUGAACUUCAUUUUCUGCAUCUCUGCAUGUUGGAAACAAUCAUAAAACUUAGGCUGUCCGCAUUGCGUAGAUCUUUCUCUAUACUGUACCGGAUUUACUAUGAAUAAAACCAUUGUCUAUUUUGUGCAGUAGUAUUAACUGAUUGUCGGAAACAGGGAACACAUUGCAACCUUUUCUCUUCUGAUGAAAACAAUGUGUUGACAUUCUGUGAACAAAACACUUAUCAGCGAUUUUUUUUUUUUUAAAUGACAAUUGUAUUGACAUUGUUGCUAAAGUUAAUCUAAAAUAUGCAAUCCAGGUACAAAAACAAGAAAAUGAUCAGACAAUCUACAAAUGUAUUUAAGCAUUUGAUCAUUGUUGUUUUGCUAUACGGACAUUUAACCACAGUUCCAAAAAAAUGCUUGACUGAGAAAAAACUGUAAGAGCAUUAUUCAACCCAGUAAAAAAGUAUUUGCUCAAUUGACUCUCAUAUAUUCUCUGACAAAAAUGAUCAGACUUUUUCUCCUUGGUUCCAUAAUGAUGUGUUACUGACUGCACCAUCUCCCAGCAUGUAUUUCCUGACAAACUGAAAUGAAUCAUCACAGAUGUGGUUGGUCGCGCAUGCAGUGUUAUCACACACUAAAUAGUAUUAAAGUGUAUUUCAAUAUGUCAAUCAGAAGGAAAAAAAUGUUGCUCUACAAAUUGCAUUUUGAUAGAUUAAGGAUAUAUACUGUUUUGACUGCAUACGUAACAUUGUAACCUCUUGUAGUACUUCAACAGAACUGUAUCAGCUCAGUAUCCUUACUGGGUUGCUGAGGCAGACAUGUGGGUGGCAGAUAGCCUAUCGGUUAACAGCACUGGGCCAGUAACAGAAAGGUCACUGGUUUGAAUCCCGAGCAAACAUUUAAACCUAAUUGCUCCUUUAAGUCGCUCUGGAUAAGAGCAUCUGAGAAGUCACAGAAAAUAAUGUAAAGUAAGACAAGCAUUUUGUAUGGAGCAGUGAAAGUUUCAUUCCAUUUGGGACUGUUUUACCUAUAGUAACUUGGUUAAAAUGUCUCUCUUACUGUAUUUCUUUGAUUCGUACUCAAUCACAUACUCAUAGGAUCCCAACUGUCUCAAAUGCUGUAACUGCCAUUCCUAUUAUACAGACUAUUUUCUGAAUUUCUACCAUAGCUGUUUGACCAAUUUAAUUGACGCCAAAUAAUGUUUGGAUAAAGAAGAAAAAUACUCAAUCUUUUUAUUAUAAGUGUCCCAAUUCAUUGUUCAGAAAUAUGUAAGUCUCAGCUGUACAGAUGAUGUGAGAGAGAGAAGACUGCCAUUCCCUGUCUGUCUGUCUGUCUGUCUGUCUGUCUGUCUGUCUGUCUGUCUCUGUCUGUCUCUGUCUGUCUGUCUGUCUCUGUCUGUCUCUGUCUGUCUCUGUCUGUCUCUGUCUGUCUCUGUCUGUCUCUGUCUGUCUGUCUGUCUGUCUGUCUGUCUGUCUGUCUGUCUGUCUGUCUGUCUCUCUUGUCUGUCUUGUCUGUCUUGUCUGUACCGCCCAGCCCACUGUGCAAUAACUAGAAUGAUUAAUUGACUGACUGGUAAAGUUCCUAUCUGAAGGAUCUGUAAUGUAUUGUUGUUGUCGUGUCAUUUCCAUUUCAGAACUUGUCAAGGGUUUCGUGUGACCAUGUACAUAUACGGAGAGUGAGAGAGUAGAGACAUUUAUUUAAAAACAUCAUAUUUAGACUUUAAACUAAGAAAAUAAUGUUUCAUUAUCAAACAUAUUACUUUGAAAUGUUUUGUUGUUUUGGGCUCUGUACUUUGGAUUUGAAAUGAUUCAACUGUCAGCUUUAAUUUGAGGGUAUUUUCGUCCAUAUCAGGUGAACCGUUUAGAAGUUGCAACACUUUUUGUACAUAGCCCCCCCCCUCCAAUUUUAGAGGACCAAAAGUAUUGGGACAAAUUCACGUAUGUGUAUUAAAGUAGUAAAAAGAUAAGUAUUUGGUCUCAUAUUCAUAGCUCUCAAUGACUAAAUCAAGCUUGUGACUACACAUUUGUUGAAUGCAUUUGCUGUUUUGCUUUGGUUGUUUCUGAUGAUUUUGUGCCCCAUUGUAGUGUCAUUUUGGAGUCCCUUUUAUUGUAAAUAAGAAUAACAAGUUUCUAAACACCUCUACAUUCAUGUGGACGCUACCAUGAUUACAGAUAAUCCUGAAUGAAUUGUGAGUGAGAAAGUUAGACGCAAAAAUAUCAUACCCCCAAGACAUGCUAACCUCUCACCAUUACAAUAACAGGGGAGGUUAGCAUUUUUGUUGGUUUUGGGGGGUAUGAUAUUUGUGUUUCUAACUUUCUCACUUUCUGCAUUUUAACCUCAUAGUCAUUGUAUAAUUUCAAAUCCAAAGUGCUGAGAUACAUAGCCAAAACAACAAAACUUUUGUCACUGUCCCAAUACAUUUGGAGCUCACUGUAUAUCCCCAGCAGUCAUUUGGCUGGUGGUGUUGAACAACCUAUAAACCAAAGAUUAUCAUUCAUUAUAAUUAUAAAAUCCAGAAGAUAAGGCUUACUCUCCAAAGUCACGUCCCCAGUAGUGUUGUGUCUCGUUUUGUGUCAGAUACCUAACUGACUAGAGGACCAGGAGUGGUGUUACUCAGUCUCAGGACAAUCUGGGUUGUAUUCACGAGGAGCCAAGAGAAGCAAGUGGGCUGAAAUGCUGAGGAACUAACUGAAAUAGUCAAUUGUCACUUUCAUGAAUGCAACCCUGGUCUGUAUCUUUUCUGUUACAAUGGUCUGAUAGUCUUUUCACAUGACACUAUGCUUUCGUUUGCGAUAUAGAGGGAUGACUGAUUUGUUGUUCCAUUCUGUUGGAGACUUGUGUUUCAUGUUGUUUGUAUCUUUUACACACCACCUUUUUGUGCUUUGCUUUUCUGUCUGAUCAAAUAUAUUCUGUACAUUAAAAGUAAUAUAAAAUGGUUCUGAUUCAAA